GUAAACUGAAGUAAGCCAGAGGGAAACCUUAGCUGUCAAGCAAACAGCACCUCAGUCUCCAAGGUUGAAACAAUGGAAGGUGUGCAGGCAGCAAACACAGAAUUUGCCCUUGACUUUUUCAAGCAUCUGAAUCAAAAAAAUAAUAAUCAGAAUGUCUUCUUUUGCCCUUGGAGUAUCUCAUCUACCUUAGCCAUGGUCUAUAUGGGUGCCGAGGGCAAUACGUCAGACCAGAUGGCAGAGGUACUUCGGUUUAAGACUGGAAGAGAUGAGGUUGGCUUCCCUCGGAUGCCAAGUAUGGAUACAGGCUGUGGGAUGAUGCAGCAGAACCUGAAGCAACACUACCCUCUUGCCAUUCAGAAGGCACAAGCUGGAAACAAUAUCCACUCCUCCUUCAAGGCUCUCAGUGCUGCUAUCAACCAACCUUCAGAUGAUUAUCUUCUUGAAAGUGCCAAUAAGCUGUUUGGAGAGAAGUGUUCAAAAUUCAAAGAAGAAUACCUGAGGCGUUGCGAGGAAUAUUAUUCUGCAGAACCACAACCUGUUAACUUUAGACAAGAUGCGAAUGGAGCUAGAAAGGAGAUCAACUCCUGGGUUGAAACUCAGACAAAAGGUAAAAUUCCAGAACUGUUACCCGAGGACUCUGUGGAUGACAAGACCAGAUUGGUCCUGGUAAACGCUGUUUACUUCAAAGGAAAAUGGAAAACUCCUUUCGAGAGUAAAGCAAAGAAACCACAGCCUUUCCGAGUGACUUUGACUGAGCGUAAGCCUGUACAGAUGAUGUACCUGAAAGCUAAGUUGCACAUUGGCUACAUACAGGAACUGAAGGCUCAGAUUCUGGAACUCCCCUAUGCUGGUGAGGUCAGCAUGUUUGUCCUGCUUCCUGAUGAAAUUGCUGACUCAUCCACUGGGUUGGAAUUGCUAGAAAGAGAAAUUACCCACAAAAAACUUAAUGAGUGGAUGCAAAAAGCCACCAUGGAGAGUGACGAUGUUCAUGUGUUCCUGCCCAAGUUCAAGUUGGAAGAAAAUUAUGAACUCAAGUCCCUCCUGCAGAGCAUGGGAAUGGAAGAUGCGUUUAGCAUAAGCGAAGCCGAUUUUUCUGGAAUGUCAGAGAAUAAUGAUCUCUUUCUGUCCCAAGUGUUCCACCAAGCUGUGGUAGAUGUCAAUGAAGAGGGCACAGAGGCAGCUGCUGGCACUGGGGCUGUCAUGACGGGGCGGACUGGCCAUGUUGGACUUCAGUUUGUGGCAGAUCAUCCUUUCCUUUUCUUUAUCAGGCAUAACAAAACCAAUACCAUCCUUUUCUUUGGCAGAUUCUGCUCCCCCUAAAAUGGAAACAUUCUGCCUUUGCACAGUAUCUUAUGCCAUGAGCAGAAAACCUCAAAACUGUUAUCUAGCAGUGCAAAAGUUUGGAGGCUUUUCAUUGUGUUCCUGUUUCUCUGGGCAAGUUUUGUAGAUUAGGAAUGAUUAACUGCUCUCGUUGCUAUAAUAGAAAUGGAAAGAAUGAUUUGCACACUUGAAGUGGGAUGAGCAUGGCUUUGACGGUCCCCUCUUAGUUUAUUGUAGGGUAUAGUUUUUGCUAUGUUAUUUAUUAUUUUAUAAUAUGAUAUUUUAUAAAUAUUAACAGCCAUUUUUCUGAGUAAAAAACUAAUGAAGCUGCAGUCUGCCAAUAGGAAAACUGGCCUAGUAAUAAUGUAUUUAGUCAUUAUUUCCUGCAAUUAAUGGUUGGAAAAUGUUCCCCUUCAACAACUCCUUGGGAAAAUUAGAAUAACUAAAAUGUACAAAGGAAAAAAACUUUUGAAGGAAAAUUAAAUUAUAUCUAAAUAAAUGUCAUAUAAAUUUCUAAUAUCAGCAUAGAGACGUAACUGAAAUG